GAUUUAUAAGCGGAUUGACUUAUUCCGUUCCUGAAAAUGUGAUAAGGGUAAAUAUCUCUGCUUAAUUUCGUACAGAAUCGUCGAAUAAAGUGUUCCUGGGAAUGGAUGCAGGCAAGGCUCCUCGUAUACUCGUGCAGGCCCAAGAGGCUAUCCACAUUUGCGCCCCCAACUCGACGAAGUGUGCUAAUUUAGUCCCUGACCAAGUCUUUACAACAAAAUUUCUCGCUCCGCUUUUGCAACCUGUCAGUUUCAGCACCUACAAUGGCGCAAAUUCCCCCCGCACCACAGGAACCGACUCCCAACGGGGAGUUCCGCUGUGGAAUUUGCCACAAGACGUACGGCAGACGUGACCUGCGCGACCGCCACCGCCGCCGCUGCAUCAAAUCCAUCGGCCAAGAGCGCCUGUCGAAGCGCAAGUCCUGCGAAACAUGCGCCCAGAAGAAGCUUCGAUGCUCCAUGACUCGCCCCGCUUGUACGCGGUGUCUCCAGAUCGGCAUCCACUGUCAGUAUCCGGCCUCCGCCGUCCCACAGCCCCAGGACGGGGAGGCUCCAUCUGCGACUCCGGGCGAUCCGGGGACGAUCCAGCCUUCUCUCUUGGAAAAUCCAUCACAUCCAUUUGAACAGACGCUGGGCGAUUCCUGGACGCCAUUUGCGCCUGCUAGUGCCGAUCCUUUGGCGGGGGCCUUUGCCGAUGCAUCCUUUGCGAACCCUGGAAUUUCUUGGAACGAGGAGUUCUCGAAUUCGUCGCAUUCGCUUGGCCAAGAUGAGGAAAUCCUCGCCUCGAUGACCAGCAACUCAACCAGCUCACCGGGCUCGCUGUUUCCCCUGCCAGACCCGAAUCGAGCCCCAGAGUCAGUCCCCUCUGAAAUCUUCAACACCGGAAGUUCCAUCGGCGAUGCCACGCAACAGCGCUACACAGAUUCACCAUACGUCGACUUCAGCCUUGACAGCUCAGCACAGCUCAUAUUCGGGCGCCGCUUCCUUCCAAAAAUCGGGUCUCUCACACCGUACGACAUUCAGGAGCUCAACCAACAAAUGCUGGACGUUCUCCGCGAGUAUCCCAGCCUCAUCCUCCAGCGCGACCACUGGUCUCCGUUCGUCCACCACCGAAUGUAUCGCUGUUCGAUGGGCGGGAUGGCGAAACCGAUGGGCGUUGCACUCGCGUGCGUCUCGGCUCACGCGGGUUCGUCGGGAUCGAAUUACGGCUUCGUGGAUGGCCUGAUCAAUCAACAGCGCGAACAGUUGAUUCGGGAAUUCCAGUCGUACCUCGAUACACCGGAGAAUUGCCUCGCCGCUGUGCAUGCGGUAUGUAUAUACCAGAUUCUAGGACUCUUCGGGGAUAACUUCCUGCCUGCGGCGAUCAAGGCAACCACGAAUAUGAAGAGUAUCCUCGAUCAGCGACGGACAGAUUGUGAGCGGCAGGCGGAGUUGCACAGUUCGUUUCUCCUCAAGAUGACCCGGCGCUUAUACAAACACUACCGCGCCGCAGUAGAAACAAAUCACGACGACGAACUUAACUGGGAGCGCUGGAAGUUCAGCGAGUCCAUCCGCCGCAAUAUCUUCUUCGCCAACAUCAUCAACAUUCUCGGUGCCCGCGCGGGCAAGCUCAACGGGGUGUAUUUUGAACCGCUGGACGACGACGUCAUUCUGAAUCUCACUCUUCCGGCUCCGGAAUGUAUGUGGCGGGCUUGUAGUUUAAGGGAGUGGCUUGAUGCGCGGAAACAUGCUCUGCGGAUGUCGCCGGCACCGCAAGAGGGACACGCGCCACGGUUGACGCAGACCCUGCAGGAGUUGUUGAAUGAUGAGGCGGCGGGGACAUUGGAUGUGUCGGGACUCUUGCCGCUCACGAGGGUUAUUCUAGCCAGUACGAAGAUCGCUCCUUCUGGGUUUGGGUUGUGAUACACUGCCUGCGAGAUCAGCGUACGGGACCAACAGACCAAAAAGAGGACCUUGGAUCAUGUUGCUGGGGCUUUGUGCAUUAUGUUGAAUAUACAGAUAUAGCUCAUUCUGGUCUUGCACUACGCUGAGAAGCAAACAAGAAGACUUUUACUCCAUAAUUUGGAAGUGGCCGGAACGCGCUAGACUCUCUCUUGGAGAUCCCUUGAAUGUACCCAACUCCAGACCCAGUACCUAGCGCAUCUACAGUUGACACUGUAGGCAACUCCAAGACAUUUCUGACAGCACUGACUUCGCUCAAGCCUUUAUCCUCUCAUAACACCGCUUGGUCACGUCCCAAUUCCUAUUCGAAUCAACCCAAACCGCACCGACAACGGCUUCAACCUCUGUCGCAAGACCAUGUGUCCCAAGUUGCUGGCGGCGGCGUGAACCAGGGGGAUUAACCUGGUUGAAAUGCGCUCGUCGGGCUUCGGCAGCCAUCGUGAGAUUACUGGCAUAUCGCUCUAAUUGCUGAGAGCCUUCUACUAUAGAAAAAAGAAACCAUGUCAGCGACGCAAAAGGAACUCGCAGGGUCUUGGUGGGCACCCACAGCAGUUAGUUCUGGUUCUGUACCAGUCGUCAAGCAGUAUUAAUCCGAUGACUUUGUCACCAAGGAAGCCUAGGCGUCCGUUCUUGGA